CUCUGCUAUAACCCGUUAUACCAACUAACCUAUAAUAUUAGCUAUGAUUAUAUAUUUUUUUUACCCCCAUGAGUUGUAGCCUAUGAUUGCUAACCCGUAUAUUGGUUAAUGAAAAAUACACAGUCAGUCAGCGAGCGACCCAGCGAUUCUGCUGUGUGCGGGAGUGUUCAGAUCUCCAUGCGGAUGUGACAUUUCAGAGAAGAGCGCGACCGCCAUUUUGAGUUUUUACCUCAAACUCAACAUCACAAACCAAGGAAGCGGGUGAGAGGCUCUGGCUGUGACCGGGCACAUUUAUUCAUUGAACAGAGACGUUUUGAAAUGCGACAAGGUGCUGAAUUUUGUUGCUAAUAUUAAUACGGUGAUUUAAUGUGUGGGAAAGUCGAUAUCGGGCUGUGGCAUCGCUAUCACCCUAAACUUCUAAAUUACUGCGAUUCCAAAUUAGAAGCAGGUUUGAAUGGAUAGCUUUUUUCUCUGCUCUCCCCCAGACGAGGGACAAUCGGAGGAGCACACGGACUGGGAAUAUCGAAGGGAAAGUUGUAUUUCAAUGUGCAUUGAUAGUUUAUGAACAUUUGUUUUCCCUGAUUGACUCAUUUCGUUAGUUGGCUGCCUUGUGCCAGUUGGCUUUAAAACAGGGCAACCGUAUUUGUUUCUCAGGCUGCAGGUCGUGAGUUGUCUUUCUCACUUCACCAAUUGCCCCAUAUUACCCGGUGUAAAAGUCGGAUUUAUUUAAUUCAACGGGUCUCCCUUUUUUGGAGCCGUAGUCAUCACCACCGUCAGCGACUUGCACCCAUCAAGGCGCCGAGAUUGGGCGAAUAGCAAGUAAAUACGUCCGCGUUUCUCUGCCUGCUCCCCCACCGACCUCCUCCCCUCAAUCCCCGGCGCUGACGGGAGAAAAGGCCGAGGUUGUUUUAGAACAGGCCCAGACGACCAGGUUUGACCUGUCUAUUCCACCUCCGCACCCUCAAACACCUCACCAACAACCCAGUAACCGACUCCCCGCGGAACCAGCAACAGACAAGUUCGAGGGGAACAAAGACAACAGGCAUCAUCAUCUCUUCACAACAGUUGCCAACAUGAACCACCACCACACUCAACAACAGCAGCAGCAGAAAGCCGGCGAGCAACAACUUAGCGAGCCCGAGGAUAUGGAGAUGGAAGCUGGGGACACAGACGAUCCCCCGAGAAUCCCAGCCAACCCGGUGAUUAACGGGAACGUUGCCAUGGCAGACGGACACAACACAGAGGAGGACAUGGAGGAUGAUACCAGCUGGCGUUCGGAGGCGACAUGUCGUUUUGUGGUGGAGAGGUUCAGCCGGCUGAGUGAGUCUGUUCUCAGCCCGUCCUGCUUCGUCAGGAACCUGCCCUGGAAGAUCAUGGUGAUGCCUCGCUUCUACCCAGACCGGCCGCACCAGAAGAGUGUUGGCUUCUUCCUGCAGUGCAACGCAGACUCCGACUCCACGUCCUGGUCGUGCCAUGCUCAGGCCAUGCUGAAGAUCAUCAACUAUAAGGACGAUGAGAAGUCGUUCAGCCGCAGAAUCAGCCACCUCUUCUUCCACAAGGAGAACGACUGGGGCUUCUCUAACUUCAUGUCCUGGAGCGAUGUGACUGAUCCAGAGAGAGGCUUUGUGGAGGAUGAUCAAGUCUCCUUUGAAGUCUACGUGCAGGCAGACGCUCCUCACGGAGUGGCGUGGGACUCCAAGAAACACACCGGCUACGUGGGUCUGAAGAACCAGGGAGCGACAUGUUAUAUGAACAGCCUCCUACAGACCCUGUUCUUCACCAACCAGCUGCGGAGGGCGGUGUACAUGAUGCCUACAGAGGGAGAUGACUCGUCUAAGAGUGUUCCGCUGGCUCUACAGAGGGUUUUCUAUGAGCUGCAACACAGCGACAAACCCGUCGGCACCAAGAAACUCACCAAGUCCUUUGGGUGGGAGACAUUAGACAGCUUCAUGCAACACGACGUUCAGGAGCUCUGCAGAGUGCUCCUGGACAACGUUGAGAACAAAAUGAAAGGCACCUGCGUGGAGGGAACCAUCCCCAAACUGUUCAGAGGAAAGAUGGUGUCCUAUAUCCAGUGUAAGCACGUUGACUACCGGUCAGAGCGGAUAGAGGAUUACUACGACAUCCAGCUCAGUAUCAAAGGAAAGAAGAACAUCUUUGAGUCCUUUAAGGACUAUGUCGCUGUGGAGCAGCUUGACGGAGACAACAAAUACGACGCAGGAGAACACGGCCUACAGGAAGCGGAGAAGGGUGUGAAGUUCCUGACUUUCCCUCCCAUACUGCACCUGCAGCUGAUGAGGUUCAUGUACGACCCUCAGACCGACCAAAACAUCAAGAUCAACGACAGGUUUGAGUUUCCGGAGCAGCUUCCCCUGGAUGAGUUUCUCCAGAAGACUGACUCUAAGGACCCGGCCAACUACAUCCUGCAUGCCGUGCUGGUCCACAGUGGAGACAACCACGGAGGACACUAUGUUGUCUACCUCAAUCCCAAAGGAGACGGAAAAGUCAGCGUCAAGGAGCCCAUUUGGUGUAAGUUUGAUGAUGACGUGGUGUCACGGUGCACCAAGGAGGAAGCCAUUGAACACAACUACGGUGGCCAUGACGACGACCUGUCAGUACGUCACUGCACCAACGCUUACAUGCUGGUGUACAUCCGCGAGUCCAAACUCAGUGAGGUGCUGCUGGCUGUAAAUGACGUGGACAUCCCCCAGCAGCUGGUGGAGAGGCUUCAGGAGGAGAAGAGGGUUGAGGCUCAGAAAAGGAAGGAGCGGCAGGAGGCCCAUCUCUACAUGCAGGUCCAGAUUGUGACAGAGGACCAGUUCUGUGGUCACCAGGGUAAUGACAUGUAUGAUGAGGAGAAGGUGAAGUACACUGUGUUCAAGGUCCUGAAGAGCUCCACGCUGCAGGAGUUUGUCCAGAAUCUCUCCCAGACCAUGGGAUUCCCACAGGACCAGAUGAGGCUGUGGCCCAUGCAGGCCCGGAGCAACGGCACCAAGAGACCUGCCAUGCUGGACUACGAGGCAGACUGCAGCAAGUCUAUGAUAGACUUGAGCGACAACGAGAAUCCCUGGACUAUAUUUUUGGAGACGGUGGAUCCUGAGAUGGCUGCCAGCGGAGCAACGUUACCCAAGUUCGACAAAGACCACGACGUCAUGCUGUUCUUGAAGAUGUAUGAUCCAAAAAGCAGAAGCUUAAAUUAUUGUGGACAUAUCUACACCGCUAUAUCCUGUAAAAUACGAGACCUGCUGCCCGUCAUGUGUGAGAGAGCAGGCUUUCAACAGGAGACCAGCCUUAUCCUCUAUGAGGAAGUGAAGCCUAAUUUAACAGAGCGGAUACAGGACUACGACGUGUCAUUGGACAAGGCCCUGGAUGAGCUCAUGGACGGAGACAUCAUCGUCUUCCAGAAAGACGACCCAGAGAACGACAGCAGUGAGCUGCCCACAGCCAAGGACUACUUCCGGGACCUCUACCACCGAGUGGACGUUAUCUUCUGUGACAAGACCAUCCACAACGACCCCGGCUUUGUCGUCACACUCUCCAACAGGAUGAACUACUUCCAGGUGGCGAAGACGGUGGCUCAGAGGUUGAACACAGAUCCCAUGCUCCUCCAGUUCUUCAAGUCCCAGGGGUACAGAGACGGACCUGGGAAUCCUCUCAGACACAACUAUGAAGGAACUCUCAGAGAUUUGCUGCAGUUCUUCAAACCACGUCAACCCAAGAAACUCUACUACCAACAGUUGAAGAUGAAGAUCACAGACUUUGAGAACAGGAGGAGCUUUAAGUCCAUAUGGCUCACCAGCCAAUACAGAGAAGAGGAGAUCACUCUCUACCCAGAUAAACACGGCUGUGUCAGGGACCUGCUGGAGGAAUGUAAAAAAGCUGUGGAGCUCUCCGACAAAGGCUCAGAGAAGCUCCGGUAAGCAGAGAGACUGUCACCACAGUGC